ACCAGUGCAGAUCCCUUGCAAGAGAAUUCUCUGGUUGUCUCCGCACAUCACAGACAAAAUGAUGUCUUCCAUGGGCAUCCCCAGCCUGUCCUGGAUGCUGCUCUCCUGCCUGAUGCUCCUGUCUCAAGUCCAAGGGGAAGAUUCCCAGAAGAAACUGCCCUCUGCACGGAUCAGCUGUCCGAGAGGCUCCAUGGCCUAUGCGUCCUACUGCUAUGCCUUGUUUACAACACCUAAAACCUGGAUGAAUGCAAACAUGGCUUGCCAGAAGAGAUCCUCAGGACAACUUGUGUCUGUGCUCAGUGGGGCUGAGGGAUCCUUCGUGGCCGCCCUGGUCAAGAACAACUUGAAAACUGUCUCAGACGUCUGGAUUGGGCUCCAUGACCCCACAGAGGGCUCUGAGCCCAAUGGCAGUGGAUGGGAGUGGAGUAGCACUGAUGUGCUCAAUUACGUUGCCUGGGAGAAAGAUCCCUCCACCAGCUCAUCCCCUGGCUAUUGUGGGAGCCUGUCCAGAAGCUCAGGCUAUCUGAAGUGGAGACAUUAUAACUGUUCUGUGAACUUACCCUAUGUCUGCAAGUUCAAGGGCUAAGUCAGAUGGGAAGUCACUAGCCUGAGUCUGGUGUGCAGCUCAUCAUGGAUUUGGAACCAAGAGUGAAGACCUAUCCCGGAAAGGGGAAUCCUCCCCACACCCCCAACCUGACCCCCUCAUUCUGGCCUUCCCUGUCUCUCAGCCUCAUUUCAGGCAUUUGUGUGUGUGUGUGUGUGUGUGUGUAUGCAUAGCAUGGCCUGAGGUCUUGUAGAACAGUAAUAAAUAUCUUAUU